AUGGAGCUCGUCGACCGGCUCCGUGAGGAGCGCCCUUCCUCCCCCGACGAGGCCUUCGACAUCCUCAAACGCGAGAGCUGUAGAUGUCGAGAGUGCUCCGCGUCGAGGUCUGUCGAGAACUGCCGAUCGUCCCCUCGGUGUGGACCGCCGACCGAACUGCACCGCUCGGUCUCCCUCGUAGUCGGCGUCAACGGCGUCGGCAAGACCACCGGCAUUCGCCAAGAGCUGCGAACCUCUACUCAGGUGGACGGCCAUCAUGUCGUCAUGCGCGGCCGACACAAAUCUUCGCGGCCGGUGCCUGCGGAGCAGCUCCGAACAUGGGGACGGCGGCUCGACGUGGACGUAAUCUCACACCGUGAGGGAGCCGACCCCGGCGCCGUCGCAUUCGACGCCGUCUCCGCCGCCCUGAGCCGCUGA